GCUCCCCAGGUAUAACAGACUUGUCAAGCAGUCCCUCUGCGCAAGUGCAAUUGUAGCCGUUCUUCUGAUGGGCAGUUCAAGUUAUGCCUGCCACCUCCAUCGCGGCUGGCUCAAUUAGUACCCGAAGAAAUCAGGGGCGGGAGUUUCUUCAGCAUGAUAUGCCGUCGUUGAAGUUGAGGGCUUAUCCACGCCGCGCCUCAUCAGUGAAUAUCAUGACAACGAAGGACCAAGAAAUUACUCACCGAAGUACUUAUACCCGGUAUGGGUUUGGCGCAACUGACGAGGAUGAACAGGGAGACGACGACGAUUUGUGGUAUGAACUGCAUUCUGGCUGGACCGAGUGGCUAGAGUGGCUCAGGAGACGAGCAGGAGCUCUGGUUGAGUUUCAACUCACACAAGCGAGUCAAGGAGCACCGUGAGUUGUGGAGCGAGACUUCAUAGCCGGGAUGCUAACCCAAAUCACGCCAAACUGCGCCCUGUGCGCCCUGGCCGAACGCCGGCGUAUCGAUGCUCCGUCGGUCUCUGAAUACAUGUAUCUGCCGUCACUCGCUGUUCCGGUCAGUCAAGCAAAUCGGUAUGCGAUCGAU